AUGACGUGUAAUGACUGUAUGAUGGACCUCAGUUGCGGUUACUGUUUUGUGGAUAAUGAGGGCACAGAAAUCAGUAACUCAUCCUGCCUACCAACUGGAACGGACAACCCCUGGGUUUCCGGGAUUGGACAGUGUAACCAACAAACACUCCCGGGGAAGCUGACCUGGGCUUAUGACUACUGCCCAUCCCCAUUUUCCUGGAUGCCCAUGGUCGGCCUCGUUCUGUACCUCGUCACCUUUGCCCCAGGUAUGGGUCCAAUGCCAUGGACUAUCAACUCUGAGAUUUACCCUCUCUGGUGUCGUAGUUCAGCUAUCUCAGUGGCAACAUUCACAAACUGGAUCUUCAACCUACUCGUCUCCAUCACAUUUAUAACUCUCACAGAAAACCUCACGCGAUUCGGCACUUUUUUGCUGUAUGCUGGCCUGACAGUGCUUGGUGCCUUAGUUCUAUAUAUCUGGCUACCGGAAACUAAGGGGAAAAGUCUUGAGGAGGUCGAAGGUCUAUUUGCCCAGCCUUGGUGCGGCACUGUUAAUGGCGCGGACUACAAUACAAAGACGAUACAAUAUGUACACAUCCGGGGACUCAAUAGAGACGGCCGAGAGUCGGAACUUGACUCACCAGAGUGA